AGGAACAUUUUAACUCUCCAGCAUAAAGAAUCUGUGCCAGCAUGUCUGCCUACUACAGGAAUAAUGGGUAUGAGGAAGAUCCAGAUUACCCUGACUAUUCAAGGUCUCAAAACUAUCCAGAUUCUCCAGGUCCUCUGAACAAUCCAGACUAUCCCAGCACCAGGAACAACCCAUACUCUGCAAGCUCCAGAACAAAUAUAGACUAUCCUGGGUCUCUGGCAGAGCCAGAUUACCGUGGGUCUCAGAGUAAUCCAGACUAUCCCAGCACCAGGAGAAAUCCAUAUUCUGAAGACUCUAGAACAAGUCCAGACUAUCCCAGAAAUCUGGCAGAGCCAGAACCUUGGAGCAAUCCAUACCUUCCAGGCUCAUUCAGAGAGCCAGACUACCCUGGAUCUCAACGAAAUCCUGAUGUUCCAGGUUCCAGAAGCAGUGGAAGCUAUGCAGGCUCCAGAACAAAUCCAGAUUACUUUGGAUCCUUGGAAGAACCAGACUACCCUGGAGCUCACAGCACCUCUAAUUAUACUGGCCUCAGAGCCAAUCACAACCAUCCAGGUUCCAGAAGGAAUACAGAAUAUGCCGGUUCUGGAAUCAAUCCAUACACACAUUCUCUAGAAGAGCCUGAUUAUCCAGGUGCUGAGAAUCAACCUAAGUCUCCACACUGUUUUGGGGGACCAGACUAUCCUAUUGCUGAGGAUUAUCAGAACUCUCCAAACUUUUGGGGGAAGCCUGAUUACCCAGAUGCUGAGGACAGUCAUGAUUAUGGCUCUUCUGAGGUCCCAGAAAUGACCAGGGGGGUGCUCAGCAGAACAUCUCAAAUUCAGCCUUUGGUCCAUCAGAGGGGUGAUGGCCCCUUGGGCAUCACUGGAAAAGAGAAUGAAGAUUACUCAGAAAGCAUUGAAAUGACAUCCAUGGGGAUGGCAAACCCAUAUGGCCACUUUCAGCCAGAUGCUUCUAGAAAUGGCUACGUGAACCCUGCUUAUGAAGAUGAAAGUAGCCCCAGGCAUGCCUAUGGAAGCCCACUGUUGUCUGAACAUGAUUGGCACACGUCACCCCAAGGACAAAAGCUAAUUGCAUCUUUGAUACCCCUGAGCCCAAGAGACAGAAAUAAAGCCAUCAGGAACCAGCCGAGGACCAUGGAAGAGAAAAGGAAACUCAGGAAAAUCAUUGACAAUGAGAAAAGUAAACAGUCUCAUCAUGUCCUUAAGCUCAAUUGCUGUGCUCAGUGUCUGAACUCCAUUUCACUGGGUUACCGGAGAUCCAGGAGCAGCCUGUCAGAACUCCUCAACUCCAUCAGCCUGUGGCAGAAGACCCUCAAGGUCAUUGGAGGCAGAUUUGGAACCAGUGUUCUCUCCUAUUUUAACUUUCUGAAAUGGCUUUUGAAGUUCAACGUUUUCUUGUUCGUUGUGAACUUCAGCUUCAUCAUAAUCCCUCAGCUUACCAUGGCUGAAGAGAACACCCUCCGCUUCACUGGAUUGGAAUUUUUAACUGGGGGGGGUUAUUUUCGGGACACAGUGAUGUACUAUGGCUUUUACACCAAUUCUACAAUCCAGUAUGAGAACGUCAGGGCGUCCUACAACAUGCAGCUGGCCUACAUCUUCACAGUCGGAGCGUGCUUGGUCGUCUGCUUUUUCAGUUUGCUGUACAGCAUGGCCAGGUAUUUCCGCAGCAACUUCAUUAACCCCCACAUUUACUCCAGUGGGACUGCUAAACUUAUCUUUUGCUGGGACUUCACUGUCACUCAUGAAAAAGCUGUGAAGCUGAAACAGAAGAACCUCAGUACUGAGAUAAGGGAAAACCUGUCAGAAAUCCGACAGGAGAAUGUCAAGUUGACGCUAAAUCAGUGGCUGACCCACUUGUCUGCCCACGCGGUGGCCUGGGUUGUCUCUACUGGCGUGGCUGUCGCCUGCUGUGCAGCUGUUUACUACCUGGCUGUGUACAACUCAGAGUUCCUGGAAAAGCACAAAGAUCCUGGGGCAGUGCUGUUACUGCCAUUUGUUGUGUCCUGCAUCAACCUGGCUGUGCCACGCUUGUAUUCCGUGUUCGGGCUGGUGGCGAGGUACGAGAUGCCUCGGCAUGAAGUCUAUGCCCUCCUGAUCCGAAACAUCUUUCUGAAAAUAUCCAUCAUUGGAAUUCUCUGUUACUAUUGGCUCAACAUUGUGGCCCUGUCUGGUAAGGAGUGUUGGGAAACCCUCAUUGGCCAGGAAAUCUACCGGCUCCUUCUGAUGGAUUUCAUGUUCUCUUUGGUUGAUUCUCUUCUUGUGGAGUUUCUGAGGAGAAUCAUUGGGAUGAAACUUAUCACAAGCCUUGGCAUACAGGAGUUUGACAUUGCCAGAAAUGUCCUGGAGCUGAUCUACGCACAAACCCUGGUGUGGAUUGGAAUCUUCUUCUGCCCUCUGCUGCCCUUUAUCCAAAUGAUUGCUCUUUUCAUCAUGUUUUAUGUCAAAAAUAUCAGCCUGAUGAUGAAUUUCCAGCCUCCGAGCAAAGCCUGGCGGGCCUCACAGAUGAUGACUUUCUUCAUCUUGUUGCUCUUUUUCCCGUGCUUCCUCGGGGUCCUGUGCACCCUGGCCGUCACCAUCUGGAGAUUGAAGCCUUCAGUUGAUUGUGGCCCGUUUCGAGGUCUGCCUUACUUCAUUAAUGCCAUCUACAGCUGGAUCGAUACACUAAGUGGCAGGCCUAGCUACCUGUGGGUUGUUUGGAUCUACCGGAACCUCAUUGGAAGCGUGCACUUCUUUUUCAUCCUCACCGUCAUUGUGUUAAUCAUCACUUAUCUUUACUGGCAGAUCACAGAGGGGAGGAAGGUGAUGAUCAGACUACUUCAUGAACAGAUCAUUAAUGAGGGCAAAGAUAAAAUGUUCUUGAUAGAGAAGCUGCUCAAGCUGCAGGAUGUGGAGAAGAGAGCAAACCCCAGCUCACUGACACUCGAAAGGAGAGAGGUGGAGCAACAAGGCCCUCUGCAUUUAGGGAAACAUGAUGCUACUCCUGACCUGCGCUACAGGAGAUCCAUUAAAGAAGAUAAUCUAGAGGCCUGAUGAUUGCUAUGGGAACCAGAUAAGAAUCAAAUAAGGAAAGAAUAUAAAAGUGGAACAACUUCUUCAUGACACCUGGACCUUUAGGAGCUUCCCAGAAGGAGAAUUACAAAAGUCUUUAGCCAAGAGUGCAAAUGGACCACAAUGUAAAUACCAGAGUAAAAUUGGGCAUUCCAUGCCGUUCUUUUACACCUGAAUAAAUUGUUGACUUUUCAAGAUAAAACACUUCGGGUGUUCUAAUAAAGACUGUUGUAAUAUUUAAACUAGCCCACAAAAAUCUUGGAAGAGAUAACCUGGGAAUGAUGUAUUUAAUCUUCAAGUAAUAUGCAUAUGACUUAUUGGUCCUUAGAAAUUUUCCUCCCAGACCUCAAGUCAGAGGUAUGUCACUUUGCUUUCCUGGCAGAGGUUUGGAAACUGGUGCUAAGUGUCCCAGCCUGAAUAAAAAUGUGAUCCUCAGUCAGGGAUGUGAAGACUCUGAAUUAUGGAAUUUGCAUUUGUGGCUUUGAACUCAAAACAUUGCCAUGUCACCCAAAGGCAAAAUAUAACCAGA